GGCUAUCUCUGUGGUAUUUAGCUCAGAGCAUGAGGAGGUUGACUGAGUUCUGGCCUGUUUGAAAGAAGCAAGUCCCUGAGUCAUAUCUUCAAGAGUCAGAUACAAGAAACCAUUGACCUGCACAUAGACCUCAAUAAUGGUUCAGGAAAGACAGCUACAAGGGAAGGCAGUCUCCUGGUCCCUGAGACUCUGGUCAGCUGCUGUGAUUUCUAUCUUACUCCUCAGCACCUGUUUCAUUGCGAGCUGUGUGGUCACUUACCAGUUUAGUAUGGACAAGCCAAAUAGAAGACUAUCUGAACUUGACAGGUACCAUUCAUUGACCUGCUUCAGUGAAGGGAAUAUGGUGUCAGACAAAGUCUGGAGCUGUUGCCCAAAGGAUUGGAAGCUAUUUGGUUCCCACUGCUACUUGGUUCCCACAGUUUUUUCAUCAGCAUCUUGGAACAAGAGUGAGGAGAACUGCUCCCGCAUGGGUGCUCAUCUAGUGGUGAUCCAUAGCCAGGAGGAGCAGGAUUUCAUCACUGGGAUCUUGGACAUUCAUGCUGCUUAUUUUAUAGGGUUGUGGGAUACAGGCCAUCGGCAAUGGCAAUGGGUUGAUCAGACACCAUAUGAAGAAAGUGUCACAUUCUGGCACAAUGGUGAGCCCAGCAGUGACAAUGAAAAAUGUGUUACAGUAUAUUACCGUCGGAAUAUUGGAUGGGGCUGGAAUGAUAUCUCUUGCAAUCUUAAACAGAAGUCAGUUUGUCAGAUGAAGAAAAUAAACUUAUGAAUCACUCAUUCUUCAUGG